CUUUAUUUAUUCCAAUAAUCUGUCCCUUUUUUCUUGAAAAAAAAAGGUGUCCUACUAACAUGGAGUCACAGAACUUAACAAGGGUCUUGGAAUUUCAUCUCCUGGGGCUCACUGAUGAUUCAGCAACACAGCUCAUCCUCUUGAAAAUAUUCUUGACCAUGUACCUGAUUACGAUGCUUGGAAAUCUGCUCAUCAUCCUGGCUGUCACCUCUGAUACCCGCCUCCACACCCCCAUGUACUUCUUCCUCUCCAUCCUCUCCUUGGCUGACAUUGGAUUCAGCAGCAGCACUGUCCCUAAGAUGCUGGCAAACCUCCAGACUCAUAGCAAAUCCAUCAGCUAUACUGGCUGCCUAAUGCAAGUGGCCUUUUUUUUCUUUUUUGGUGGUUUGGACAGUCAAUUACUGGCAGUAAUGGCUUAUGACCGAUUUGUAGCAAUCUGUCACCCUCUGCAUUACCCAAUCAUCAUGCAUUCCAGGCUAUGUGGCCUGCUGGUUCUGCUGGCAUUGUCCAUUGCUCUGUUAGACUCGCUGGCUCACUGCUUGAUGGUGUCACAAUUUAACUUUUGUACGGAUGUAGAAAUCCCCAAUUUCUUCUGUGACCUUCCUCAACUCCUUAAGCUUGCCUGUGAUUAUGUGUCUAACAGUAAACUGCUCCUUUACCUCUUUGCUGCAGUCUUUGGUGGUCUUCCACUCUCGGGGAUCAUUUAUUCUUAUGCUCACAUUAUUUCCUCCAUUCGGAGAGUCCCAUCAGCCAGUGGGAAAUACAAAGCCUUCUCCACCUGUGGCUCUCACCUGUCUAUCGUGAGCUUGUUUUAUGGGACAGCCCUGGGUGCGUAUUGCAGUUCUGCUGUCUUUCAUGCCCCUAAGAUGCUGAUGGUGGCCUCUGUGAUGUAUACCAUGGUCACUCCCAUGCUGAACCCCUUCAUCUACAGUUUGAGGAACAGGGACAUCAAGAGAGCUCUUUGGUUCCUGGCCUGCAAAGCAGCCCAUUGUCCAUAG